AACCGAGCAUAUCAUGCAGCAGGAGCAGCAGCACGGUCGCUAGCGCGAGAGUGUCAGUCCUGUUUAAUUUCUCCUGAUUAAAGCUGAAAUAAAGAUCUGUCUCCAUGGAGAACGACAUUCUGGACUCUCUGGAGGAUUUGGGGUACCAGGGGCCGCUUUUAGAGGAUGGCGCCCUGCAGGCAGCUCUCGGUGGCGGCGCAGCGUCUCCUGAAUUCACCAAACUGUGCUCCUGGCUCGUCUCUGAGCUCAAACUCUACUGCAGGCUGGAGGAGAACGUCCACGCCACCAACUGUCCAAGUGAGGCUGAGGGUUUCCAGUUAGAAAUGAGCGGUUUGCUAACAGAGUUAGCAUGUCCAUACUCAUGUCUCACGCGUGGAGACGUCACACAUCGUCUGCUGAACGCCAACAACUGUCAACUUCUGCUCACGUUUCUGAUCUCGGAGCUGGAAGCUGCACGGAUGGUUUUGGUGAACGCUCCCCAAAGGAAAGCUCAGGAUGGAGGAGCACCGUCCAGCUGUAGCGAGCACUUCAUGGAGCUGAAGGGCAUCUGUGUGGCGCUGGGCAUGUCCAAACCCCCCUCCAACAUCACCAUGUUCCAGUUUUUUAGUGGCAUCGAAAAAAAACUAAAGGAAGCCUUAUCUAAAGUCCCUCCUCGUCAUGUGGGUGGGCCUCUGAUGAGUAAACCCCUCGGCCCCCUCCACUGGGAGAAAAUCGAAGUCAUUAACCAGUCCCUUGUGAACGAGUAUGAGGUGCGGAGGAAGAUGUUACUGAAGCGUCUGGACGUCACAGUGCAGUCCUUCGGCUGGUCGGACCGAGCCAAGAGCCAGACUGAGAAGUUGGCCAAAGUGUAUCAGCCCUUGCGAACAGCGCUCGGCUUUAAGAGUAAGGUGUGUGUCGCUCACCUUCUUGCCGCCAGAGAGGAUUUGUCCAAAAUCCUGCGCACGAGCAGCGGCCAGACUCGAGAAAAAACCUCCUGCGCCAUCAACAAGGUGCUGAUGGGACGUGUUCCAGAUCGGGGCGGAAGACCAAAUGAAAUCGAGCCUCCUCCCCCGGAGAUGCCAACCUGGCAGAAACGCCAAGACGGACCAACAGGGGGCGGAGGAGGGCGAGGUGGAGGCAGGGGUGGCUACGAUCAGCACCAAGGGGGACGAGGUGGCGGAGGGAGAGGAGAUAGAGGGGGGAAGGUUCAAGGAGGUUGGUCAGAUGGUGGGAGUCAGGGUCAUUAUCAAGAUGGAGGAAGAGGAGGGUACCAUGGGGGGUAUCAUGGUGGGCAACAAGGGCAAGGAGGGCCUGGAUACCCUGCAGGAGGAUAUCAAGGGCAAGGGUACCAAGGUGCAGGGGGGCAUCAUGGGCAAGGGUAUCAAGGUAGAGGGGGUCAUCAAGGUCAAGGAUACCAAAGUGGAGGGUACCAAGGAGGGCAUCAAGGGCAGGGAUACCAAGGUGGGGGGUAUCAAGGGGGUAACCAAGGUCAAGGAUAUUCUGGAGGAGGUUAUCAAGGAGGGCAAGAAGGUGGUAAUAAAGGUCAUCACCAAGAUGGAGGGCGACAAGAGCGAGGAGGGGGUAGAGGGGGACGUGGAGGAAGGGGACGAGGAGGACGAGGCGGGCAAAGCGGCGGCUGGGGUGGAAGAGGAGGGCAGAAUUUUAACCAAGGAGGGCAGUUUGAGCAGUUCUUCCAACAUGGUGGGCAUCAGUAUAACCAGGCAGGGUUCGGGCAGGGCUUUUACUCCAGCUGAGUUAUCAUUGGGGAAAGAACCUUAGAACAAAAUACAUUUCAAGAUCUAGGAAAGGUGGAUGGCUUUGAGAGCGAGAUCGGGUAUCAAGAAACAGCAGGUGGUUUAUUUUAUCGUCUGCUAACAGAUAAGCUAACUGCGUACCUUGGCUAAAUCCGUUACUUCAUAAGACUUUUGGGACGUGGAAGACUUAGAUGUUAUAUCGGUUAUUUGUUAUUUUUGGAAAAGCCUUAACUUGGUGUGUUGACCCCAGGAAUCAGUGGUGUUCAUGACAUUAUUUAUUGCCAGCACUUGACUCGUUGAUUUCAUUUCACCACUUUUAGCACAUUAUAACUCACUAGCACUCAAAAUUGUUAUUGCACCUACUUGAUUAUUAAAUUUAUUGCAUCGUAGGUUUUUUUUUUCCAUUUCUGCUUUAAGAAUUUGUUUACAAAAAUUGGAUGAUGAUGAAAGCAGAGUUUUUUUCAUCAUCAUCAUCAUCCAGUGCAUGAGUGCUACUUUGGGUUUAGGUGGAAUAAACUGGGUUUUCUUUAAGGAUUUCACAACAGAAUUUUUUUUUUUGACAAAGUGUUUGAAUGUGUUUGAAGACUGACUGCAAUAAAGAAGAGUGUGUUA